ACCAGACUAACGGAAGGCGCUGAUUGGCUGCAGGAGAGGCUCAGCGUCAUGGCGGACUGAAGAGUGUGUGUGUGUGCGCGUGUGUGUGUGCGUGUGCGUGCGUGUGUCUUCAUGGCGACGUUAGUUCUGGACAACGGAGCGAACACCGCGAAGAUCGGCUUCAGCCACGAGACGGUCAGCGUCAUCUCCAACUGUCAGUUCCGCUCCAAGACGUCCAGGUUGAAAACCUUCACGGCCAAUCAGCUGGAUGAGAUCAAAGAUCCUUCAGGUCUCUUCUACAUCCUUCCCUUCCAGAAGGGUUAUCUGGUCAACUGGGAUGUCCAGAGGAAAGUGUGGGAUCAUCUGUUUGGAAAAGAGAUGUUCAAGGUGGAUUUUGCAGACACCAGCAUCGUCAUCACGGAGCCGUACUUCAACUUCACCUCCAUUCAGGAGUCGAUGAACGAGAUCCUGUUCGAGGAGUAUCAGUUCCAGUCGGCUCUCAGGACAAACGCCGGCUCUCUCAGCGCUCAUCACUACUUCCACACCAAACCCUCAGAGCUCUGCUGUCUGCUGGUCGACAGUGGAUUCUCCUUCACACACAUCAUCCCCUACUGCCGCAGCAAGAAAAUGAAGGAGGGUGUCCGCAGGAUCAAUGUGGGAGGGAAGCUGCUGACCAAUCACCUGAAAGAGAUCAUUUCAUAUCGGUGAGUCCGCCUCACUCAG